GCACGGCUGCCGGCGCGCCCCUCCCGUCUCCCCCCCAAAAAGUUUGAGUCGCAGCUGCCUGGUUGCCAGCGGAGUCGCGCGCCGGGAGCUACGUAGGGCAGAGAAGUCAUGGCUUCUCCGUCCAAAGGCAAUGACCUGUUUUCGUCUGAUGAGGAGGGCCCGGCGAUGGUGGCCGAGCCGGGCCCGGGGCCUGGGGGUGCCGACGGGGCCGCGGAGGAGCGCCGCGUCAAGGUCUCCAGCCUGCCCUUCAGCGUGGAGGCGCUCAUGUCGGACAAGAAGCCGCCCAAGGAGACUUCCCCACUGCCACCCGAAAGCGCCUCCGCCGGGGCCACCCUGCGGCCACUUCUGCUGCCCGGACACAGCGUCCGGGAGGCGCACAGCCCCGGGCCGUUGGUCAAGCCCUUCGAGACAGCCUCGGUCAAGUCGGAAAAUUCAGAAGACGGAGCGGCGUGGAUGCAGGAACCGGGCAGAUAUUCGCCGCCGCCAAGACACAUGAGCCCCACCACCUGCACCCUGAGGAAACACAAGACCAAUCGGAAGCCACGCACACCCUUCACCACCUCCCAGCUCCUCGCUCUGGAGCGCAAGUUCCGCCAGAAACAGUACCUCUCCAUCGCAGAGCGGGCAGAGUUCUCCAGCUCUCUGAACCUCACAGAGACACAGGUCAAAAUCUGGUUCCAGAACCGAAGAGCCAAGGCGAAAAGACUGCAAGAGGCCGAACUGGAAAAGCUGAAAAUGGCUGCAAAACCUAUUCUGCCCUCUGGCUUCAGCCUCCCUUUCCCCAUCAACUCGCCCCUGCAAGCAGCCUCCCUAUACGGCGCGUCCUACCCUUUCCAUAGACCUGUGCUCCCCAUCCCGCCCGUCGGACUCUAUGCGACUCCAGUGGGAUAUGGCAUGUACCACCUGUCCUAAGGAAGACCAACCAGCUCAAUAGACUCCGGGAUGGAUGUUUGUUUAAAAGCCUUCCCCCUCCCUCUCCAAGAAGACAGUCCCGCUCUGCAAACCUUGCAUGCACCACCCUCAGCGGCUAGAUCAACAGGGCCACAGACAUAGUUGAAAUUGGUUCUUUUGACUGGAGACACCCAAGCCCUGUUUUCUUGGUGUAAUCUUCCAGAUGGCCACCCCCCUUCUCCUUUCACAAGAUUGGCUCUGAUGGUUUUUAUAUAUAAAUGUAUAUAUAUAUAUAUAUAUAUAUAAAAUAAAAUAUAAUACAUUUUUAUACAGCAGACGUAAAAAUCAAAUUAUUUUGAAAGGUAAAAUUUAUAUAUAUAUAUAUAUAUAUAUAUAUGUCUUUUUUUUCUCUAUAUAUCACCUUCCUAAAAGACUGCUUAAUUAAGUCUACCUGUUGUUUUUUUCUUAUGGGGGAGACAAAUUAUUUGCUAAAAUUGCUGAAAUCUGAUGAUUUGGAUGACUGACUUGCAAACAUUAGAAUCAGACACUAUGUGCCUAGGCAGUAGAUAUGGAAGGAUUCCUCCCAAAGAAGGGGACACAUCAUGUUUUUGCAUUUUUUACGUGCAUUUAAAAACUCACUAGCUAUGACCCUAUUUGGCCCUAUUUUUUUCCCCUUCACCUUGUUUGUUACACAUUGUUAAAAGUUUUUGUAAGAUAAAUAAAAGGGAGAUGAGAAGAAUCCUGAGAGUGCCUCCGGAUAAGGUGGAAAAUGGAAGUCCUUACUAAUUCCUCUCAAGGCUGUUGCUUAACUUCAUUUCAGAUAAUUGGAGAGUGAAAAGUUAAAGCAUGUCGGGAGGAAUGGAUGGUUUCUGUGAACCACUAGGUCCAUCAGUCCUCACACAUUGAAAAGGUGAUUUGGGGGGUGGGGGUGUGUGUAGUUAAUUCUCUGCUUAAAAAAUAUGAAUAUCUUGUAACCAUUAUCUAUACUAAAUAUUCCUGAACAAUGAAUAGAUCUAAAAAGAAAAAAAAUCAUGCUUUCUCUGUGUGUGUACCUGUUGUAUGUGCUAAACUUACUAGAAAAAUUUAUAUACUUUUUAACAUGUUGGGGGCAGAGGGUAAAGCCAUGUUUUGACUUGAUAAAAAAUGGUGUUGUCAGACAGCCCAUAUAGCUCCUUGGUAUUUCAUUUUUCUAUCCAGCUCCCCCUCCCCCAUCCAAGUAUACUUUUAUCCCUUUGAAAGGGUGCCUUGUAUAAUUUUAUAUAUUUUAUUGAAGAGUUAUUUCUUAUCUCUUAUUCUGAAUUAAA